UUUGUUUUUGAAAGAAGACAACAAUGGAAGCUCUUAGAGCUUCGUAUGGAGAUUCUUCAUCUUCUUCAGAUUCUGAUUCAGAAUCCGAAUCCAAAUCCAAAUCAAAGACUCAAGAUUUUGUCUUGCCUCCGCCUCCUCUUGAUCUUCUCAAUCCGCCAGAUUCUCACAUUACGCCGGAUUACCUGCUGGGUUCUCAAGCAAAUCGCAUUCGAAGCUUCCCUCAUGUCGAUGGAAAUUACGCCUUACAUGUCUACAUCCCAGUUCAUAUACCUGCUGCACCAAAGAAGGAGAUGAUUCAGUUUCUGAAAAGGGUUGUGUCUCAAGUACAAGGACUAUAUGUUAUUGAUCUAGAUAUCCCAAUUGAUGCUUUGUGCAAGGAUGAACAAAAGCUAGAUCAAAUUGUCAUGGGAAGAGAAUACCAUAUAAGUUUAGGUAGAACAGUGCCGGUUCGAGUUCAUCAAAUCGAUUCGAUAAUAACAAUGCUUCGUCAGAGGCUUCAGAUUCAGAAGAGGUAUUUGAUUGAUUUUAGCAAGUGGGAAGUUUUUGUUAAUGAUGAUCGAACACGAUCUUUUCUUUCCAUUGAAAUUUUAGCUGGAGGGCUGGUUCAGAUAAGAAGACAGAUUCAGGCAGUGAACGAGGUUUAUAAGCUUCACAAUCUACCCGAGUUCUAUGAGGAGGCAAGACCACAUAUUUCGAUAGCUUGGGCAUUGGGAGAUAUCAGCGAAUCAUUGGAGAAGGCGGUGGGGGAAGGAGAAAGGGGGCGUGGUGGCGGGAAGAAAAAUAUGUUCAGUUGUGAAUUUAGUGGCAUUGAAUGUAAGAUAGGCAAGAAAACCCAUCAAAUAUGUAGUAGAUACAAAGAUUAACUAAACCAACAACAAUGGAUGGAGGAUUCUUAUUAUUCUAUUUGCCUUUCAGUUUCUGUUAUUAA